AACAGUGGUCUCUCGCGUCCUUUAUAUUUCUAUAUCGAAAUAUUGUUCUCGACAUAUCGUUGAUCGCUUUCCGCUCUUAUAAUCCAAAAUUUAAAUCUUUAGUUCUUUCAGUGAAAAAAUUUCAUUUUUAAACUUUUCGAUCUUGUGUUCUUUUUUCUUUUCUACAAUAAUUCAUGAUUUUGGGCAUGUUUCUCUGGAGACGUUUUCGUUUCCAAUAUGUAUAGGUUACAAAUGACUAAUUGGAUGGAUGGAACAAUCACGUACUUACGAACAGGCAAACAAAAAAGUUCAAAGCAAAUAGAAAGUUCGGUUUCGUAAAGCGUGAUUUAGUAUCCCAAAGAGAAAAGUAUAUCAACAGUGGCGGAGGAAAUUUGAAAUCUUUUGUAUGUGACACAAGAUCAGACUCGGAUCUGCAUGCGUCUAACCUCUCGCAUUUUCGAUAACAUUUUCUAGUUAUUCAGACACACCAGUUAUGACGAUAUAAACCACUUUAUAACCUAUUCUCCGUAUUAGAUAAAUUAUAUAUGAGCAUGUGUGUAAGAUGGUACUAUAAAUUUUCCUACUUUCGUGUAGUGUAUGAAUAGUCCUCGAAUAGUAGCUCAAACUUUGAUAAGGGAUGGCGGAGGAAGAAGAAGAAAAGGAAUAUCGCUGGGAGACUGGUUAUGAGAAAACUUGGGAAGCGAUCAAAGAAGACGAUCAUGGAUUAUUGGAGCCAUCUGUGGCAGAUAUUAUUCUUAGUGCCAAGAGAAAGCGUCAGUUGGAAAGAAAACAAGGUGCCAGAUUAGGGAUGAUGAGACAUCUUUAUAUCAUCUUAGAUGCUUCUGAAUCAAUGUCAAAUCAAGAUUUGAAACCAACUCGUUUCUUGUGUUCCCUGAAGCUUCUAGAAAAUUUUAUUGAAGAAUUCUUCUAUCAAAACCCUAUAAGUCAGUUAGGUGUAAUCACUACUAGAAAUAAAAGAGCUGAGAAAAUUAGUGACUUGGCUGGUAAUUCAAAGAAGCAUAUCAAGGAAUUACAAUCAUUGCAGCAAACAAUGGUAACUGGUGAACCAUCUCUACAGAAUUCCUUAGAACUGGCUCUGAAGUCAUUACGAUUAUUACCAUCGCAUGCUAGUAAAGAGAUAUUGAUAAUUAUAGGAGCUCUUACCACUUGUGAUCCUGGAGACAUCAAUGAGACGAUACAAAACAUGAAGUCAGAUGGCAUUAGAUGUAGCGUCAUAGGAUUAGCUGCCGAAUUGUAUAUCUGUAAGCGAAUGGCAAAUGCCACUGGUGGCGAGCAUGGGGUAGCACUCGAUGAUAAACAUUACAAAGAGCAAUUAAAUUCGCAUAUAGACCCUCCACCCGCUGCAACGCGAUUAGAUGCCGCGCUUGUAAAAAUGGGAUUUCCUCAUCACGCUUUGCAUUCCACUGUGACAGACACACCUAUGACAGUGUGUAUGUGUCAUGCGGAAAGUUCUGAUGAAUUGUUCAAACUUAUGAGCACAGGUUACCUAUGUCCCCAGUGUCUCAGUAAACAUUGCGAACUUCCCGUAGAAUGUAGAUCUUGCGGUCUCACUUUGGUAUCGGCUCCGCAUUUGGCACGCUCGUAUCACUAUCUGUUUCCAGUUGCAACUUUUACAGAAAUUGAAUUUGAAAACAAUCACUCGUCGUGUUUUGGUUGCCAGAAAGUUUUUACUCAAAAGGACAAAAAGAUAUAUAUCUGUGAAAAGUGUGAUCAACCAUUUUGCUUGGAUUGUGAGAUAUUUAUUCACGAAUCUUUACACACAUGUCCUGGCUGCGCAACAAAUCCCGAGACAUAUAAAAAAUCGGUGGAUAAAUCGUAAAAUAUACCCUUCGACGAAAAAUUAUUACAUACACAUGUAAUAUUCUCUGGAGCAAUUAUCACGAUAGUGAAUACCGAGAGGUCACGAGUAUAAGUAUCGUGUUACACAGUUGCAUGUAAAAAAAAAAAUUACAGUUUUACAACUUUCAUUACAACCUAGCCAAAUCUAUCUUGUAAUAUAAAUGUACAAAUCACUCGUAUAUCUGGAAUAUAUCGGGUAUAUGGAACUUAUACAAAUGCAUAUUUAUAUACAUACAUAUUUACAGUAAAUAAAAUAUAAAAUGUCGAAAUAAUGUCUACUUGCACGCUCUAUCUGCUUGCGACUUUACAGCAAUGUCAAUGGCUAAUUUGGCUUAUUCGCACUGAUAAUUCAGGUGAUAUAGUGUAUACGAUAAGAGAAAGAGGAAAAUCCUGUUGCGAUCUCGAUAACGUGGCUAUGAUGAGAAGCAGCACAUUCACAAAUGUAUCUUGUGUAAGAGAGGUGCAACGCGAGAUACAUCUUUGAACAUAUUAAUGCGUGUAUACGUCCAAGUAGCGAGCAACAAUAUUCGAUAGUUACACGUGUGACUGGGACUUUUGUGCGACGACGAGUGUAGCACGACUCCGCUCCUAACGCAAAUGUCCUACUUCAAUAUUUACUUGGUGGGGGAACAUUGAAGCUUAUUACUACCUAGACAGGUAGAAAGUGAGCAUCGUGACGCUACAAGCACGUUAUUAAUUGUUGGUCACCCGCCGAUGCCUGUCGGUCGAAUUUAUGUGCAUGCGAUACGUAUUCCGCUCGAGACUUGCGCUGAUAUUUCCAAAUUUGGUAAGCCUAUUUAACCAGAUAUCUUGCGGUAAUUAUUUGUUCAGAUGUUUCGCCAGUGUAAGGUUUGCUUUACCAAUCGCUAUUUAAUACUUGUACAUUUACACAACGAUAUUAUAGUGGACAUGUUGCACUUGCAUUGCAGAUUUUCUUGUGAUUAAUAAUAAACAUAAUUAACAUAAGACGAUGUAAACAUUGUCGGAAUAUAGCUCCGACUGGCCGAAGUUGGCCGAUAUGACAGAAACCGAUAUAUCUGUCAUGGAAAACGACACACGAUAAGAAAUUUGCAAAGCUGAACACGCCUAUUCGAAGCAAUCCGCACGUCGUCAUGCGCUGUGUAGUCACGUGCUCAGUCAUUAAGUAAAAUGUAAAUUACUACCGCAAAUGUACAUUUCUGCAUGUACUCUUGGAUCAGUUUACUAAAAGAACUAUAUAUAUGUCAAGGAGAAAAAUAUAUUACUAUAUAUAUAUAUAUACACUGCACGCGGCACUUGAGUUCAGAUUUUAAUGUUAAGAAUAAAUAUUAGUUUCCCAGUAAUAUAUUUCUCCUUCGCAUUGUCGUGGCACGACUUGCGAGUACUCACGAGACUGGCAACCUCGCAAUAAUCAGCGGUUA